UUUAUGUUAAACAUGGCAACUAUUUCUUAAAGGUCGACGUCGUUUCUCUUAGGCCAACUCAUCGGUCUUUUUUGACACAGAAUAUGUUUGUUUUCGGUUAUUUUCUGUUAUGAAUUGUGACUUAUUUAUUACGGUAUAGCUAGUAAUAACAGUUUAUAACAUGGAAAUGUACUGGGUAUUAUUUAUACUGAGCGUGAUAUGGCAUGGAACCGACGCACUAAUGUGGAGCCUCGCGCCGAACACACAGAAGUGUUUGAAGGAGGAACUCCACGCUAAUGUGCUCGUGGCAGGAGACUACGAAGUCACAGAAGUAGCCGGACAAAGAAUCGACUAUAUUAUUAGAGAUUCAAAAGGACACAUAUUAUCACAGAAAGAUUCAAUAACUAAAGGGAAAUUCUCAUUUGUAACAGACACAUAUGACAAUUUUGAAGUUUGUUUCAUAUCAAGAGUACCACCAGAACGUCGCGGAGUCAGCCAAGAUGUUACAUUAGACAUUAAAAUUGGAAUUGAGGCUAAAAACUAUGAAGGGAAUCCUUGGAUUGGCGAGGCGGCAAAGUUGAAGCCAGUUGAGAUGGAGCUGAAGCGAUUAGAGGAUUUGUCAGAAGCCAUCGUCCAGGACUUCACUAUGAUGCGCAAGAGGGAGGAGGAAAUGAGGGAUACCAAUGAAUCCACAAACAACCGAGUACUAUUCUUCAGCAUAUUCUCCAUGGUCUGCCUCCUGGGGCUGGCGACGUGGCAGGUCCUAUACCUUCGCCGGUACUUCAAGGCUAAGAAGCUCAUUGAAUAGCACAAUAAUUAGUAUUUAACACGCGUGAAGUCGUUGACUACUAAAUAAAAAGUUUUAUAAAAAAAUAGUCAUGAAGUGUCCCCCAUUUGUUUUCUUCUGUUAGGUGUUGCCAGGUUAUUUUUUUUUGUUGGCAACACUACCAUCGAUCAAAGUCGUUCACAUCACAAAGCGGCCAGUGACUUCACGCGUGGUUAUAGAUCUUGUACUUUUUAAUUUAAAUAAACCAAUAAGAUUUUUUGGUAUACUUAACAGAUGUCUUAUUUAAAUAAUUUUGUUUGUAAAUGAUUGCAUUCAUGUGUUUGCGGAUGUGAAAAUAUAUAUUUAAAAUAUUA